AUCACCAUGCGUCGUUUGCUUACACAAAUAACAUGGCAGACCCUUCUGAAAACCAUCUUUAAACUUAUACUUAGAAUAUUUUGACGAGUCUAAAUAUUCAACUCGUUUCCAAGGAUUACGAGGUGUUUUUUUGUGCUUUGCAGCCGAUAUAAACCCCAUGGUUAUGGAAUUAUGGCACGAGCUCCUGGGCACUUCUGCGCUGUCCCAUGUCUGCAUUCUGGCCUUGACAGUAUUCGUGGCCGUCUAUUAUCUAAUGCACACAUUUCGCAAACACCAGGAUUUCUCCAAUAUUCCUCCUGGUCCUAAACCAUGGCCAAUAGUUGGAAAUUUUGGCGGGUUUCUGGUUCCCAAUUUCAUCUGGAGGAGGUUUGGAGGCUGGGGAGGGAAGGACGUUCCAAAGUCAAAGACACGAGCUCUAAUUUCGCCUCAAGUUAUUAUCACGGAACAAGCUAAAGUUUACGGUAACAUCUACAGCAUGUGGGUAGGGAGUCAGCUGGUAGUAGUACUGAACGGAUAUGAAGUGGUCAGGGAUGCCCUCUCAAACCGGGCAGAUGUGUUCUCCGACAGACCAGAGAUUCCCACCGUUACCAUCAUGACAAAGCGGAAAGGCAUAGUUUUUGCACCUUAUGGACCAGUAUGGAGAAGGCAGCGCAAGUUCUGCCACACCACGCUGCGGAACUUUGGCCUGGGCAAGUUGAGCCUGGAGCCCUGUAUCCUUGAGGGACUGGCUGUGGUCAAAUCUGAGCUUCUGCGUCUCAGCGAGGAAGAUACUGAGGGUUCAGGAGUGGACCUGACCCCUCUGAUAACUAACUCUGUGUCCAACGUAAUCUCCUACAUCGCCCUGGGCCAGCGCUUCCACCACGCUGACCGGGAGUUUGGCGCCCUGCUGGACCUGAUGGCCCGCGGCCUAGAGAUCAUCGCCAACAGCGCGGCGGUCCUCAUCAAUGUCUUCCCCCUACUCUACUACCUGCCCUUCGGUGUCUUCAGAGAGGUACGGCAAGUGGAAAGGGACAUCACUGCCUUCCUGAAGCAGAUCAUCACCAGACAUAGGGAGACGUUAGACCCAGCCAACCCCAGAGAUCUCAUAGACAUGUACCUGGUAGAGAUGCUGGCCCAGGAGGCCGCUGGGGAGACGGACAGUAGCUUCUCAGAGGACUAUCUAUUCUACAUCAUAGGAGACCUCUUCAUCGCUGGUACUGAUACCACCACCAACACAGUGCUGUGGAUGAUGCUCUACAUGGUCGUGUAUCCAGAUAUCCAAGAGAGGGUGCAGGCGGAGAUCGAUGCAGUGGUGGGCCCAGACAGGGUCCCGUCUCUCACUGAUAAAGGCAGCCUGCCGUUCACGGAGGCCACCAUCAUGGAGGUGCAGAGGAUGACUGUGGUGGUCCCCCUGGCUAUCCCUCACAUGGCCUCAGAGACCACAGAGUUCCGUGGCUAUACGAUCCCUAAGGGCACAGUGAUCAUCCCCAACCUGUGGUCUGUCCAUAGGGAUCCCACUGUGUGGGAGGAGCCAGACGACUUCAACCCCUCUCGUUUCCUAGACGACCAGGGGAAUCUCCUGAGGAAAGAGUGCUUCAUACCGUUUGGAAUAGGACGCAGGGUGUGUAUGGGCGAGCAGCUGGCUAAGAUGGAGCUGUUCCUGAUGUUCACCAGCCUGCUGCAGGCCUUCAGUUUCAGACUGCCCGAGGGGCUGGCCCCUCCUCCCAUGCACGGGCGCUUUGGCCUCACCCUGGCCCCCUGCUCAUACACUGUGACUGUGAGGCCCCGGCGGUGAGGCCACCAGACGAACAACAACCGCUGACACCGUAAUUAAGCCAUAAGGCACAAGAGGAAGUGGUGUAUCAUGAAUACAGUCAUAGGUAAACGGCGUUAGUUGGCCUGAUGCGACAGCAGAGGGCCAGUCAACCCAUUUGUCUGUGACUGUAUUCAUGAUACUGCCUCGUGCCUUAUUGCUUUUAUAAAACUGUUACUAAAAUAACAAUGAAUUACAUAUUUUAAUUAAAACAUUAUUUUGAUAAGUCAAUUCAUACUAUUUAAUUCUUCCACCAGAAGAUAUAGUCCAGACAAAAAUCAGGUUUUUAGUUAUUUUUGUCAUGAUGCUACCGACGCCACCCAGUCUUAAAUAUUUUUUGCAUAGUUGCUAUGCAAAAGUACAGGGAGUCCAUUCUAAACAAAAUGGGUGCAAUGCAGGGGGACCAUGUCUGUUCCCAGGGCCCUAUGUUCCCUCGGCCCAUGUUCCCAGGGCCCUAUGUUCCCUCAGCCUAUGUUCCCAGGGCCCUAUGUUCCCUCAGCCUAUGUUCCCUCAGCCUAUGUUCCCAGGGCCCUAUGUUCCCUCGGCCCAUGUUCCCAGGGCCCUAUGUUCCCUCGGCCCAUGUUCCCAGGGCCCUAUGUUCCCUCAGCCUAUGUUCCCAGGGCCCUAUGUUCCCUCAGCCUAUGUUCCCAGGGCCCUAUGUUCCCUCAGCCUAUGUUCCCAGGGCCCUAUGUUCCCUCAACCAGUUUUUUCCUUCAGCUCUAUCUUCUAAACAAGGCAACAGUAAAUAUUAAAGACAAAAACCUUCUGUUAUGUGAUCAAAUAUUUUACAUAGCUUAUAUUUUUCAAACCCUUUGGUAUUUUGGUGCGUUAAUCCACUGUUACUGAUGGCCAGUAUUCUGUUACAUGUUUUUGAAAUAUGUAUUUCAAUUACUUGAGUAUUUUGUAAUUUGUAUUUCACUGGACUGAAAUAAGUUUAAAAAUCAAAAGUUAUUUUGAUUGUCUAUUGCAUUAUGGCAAUAAAAUAAAUCAAAUGAUGA